CCGAGGGAGUCCUCAGUGCACACCGGGCAGCAGCGUCCGCCAAGCCCCCACCCCCACUGCCAGCAUGGCCAGCGAGUUCAAGAAGAAGCUCUUCUGGAGGGCAGUGAUGGCCGAGUUCCUGGCCAUGACCCUCUUCGUCUUCAUCAGCAUCGGUUCCGCGCUGGGCUUCAACUACCCGGUGGUGAGCAAUCACACGACGGGCCAGACCCAGGACAUCGUGAAGGUGUCGCUGGCCUUCGGGCUGAGCAUCGCCACGCUGGCCCAGAGCGUGGGUCACAUCAGCGGCGCGCACCUCAACCCGGCCGUCACGCUGGGCCUGCUGCUCAGCUGCCAGAUCAGCAUCCUGCGAGCCAUCAUGUACAUCAUCGCCCAGUGCGUCGGGGCCAUCGUGGCCACCGCCAUCCUCUCGGGCAUCACCUCCUCUUUGCCCAACAACUCUCUCGGCCGCAAUGGGCUGGCCUCUGGAGUGAACGCGGGCCAGGGCCUGGGCAUCGAGAUCAUCGGCACCCUGCAGCUGGUGCUGUGUGUGCUGGCCACCACCGACCGCAGACGCCGCGACCUGGGAGGCUCGGGCCCGCUGGCCAUCGGCUUUUCUGUGGCCCUGGGACACUUGCUGGCGAUCGACUACACUGGCUGUGGCAUUAACCCCGCUCGGUCCUUCGGCUCUGCAGUGAUCACCAACAACUUCUCUGACCACUGGAUCUUCUGGGUGGGGCCGUUCAUUGGGGGAGCCCUGGCCGUGCUGAUCUACGACUUCAUCCUGGCCCCACGCAGCAGCGACCUCACGGACCGUGUGAAGGUGUGGACCAGUGGCCAGGUGGAGGAGUACGACCUGGAUGCAGACGACAUCAACUCCAGGGUGGAGAUGAAGCCUAAAUAG